GGAUCGCCCAGCUUUACAAACGUGGCGACUGUUUCGAGAUUGGCCCAGCGCUCAACUCUUUGAGUCGUUGGUAUGACUUCUCUAUCUGCAAGUUCACCUCUUACGAGCUCAGGAUCAUCUACGAGGAUGUUGUGAUGCCUGGGGCUAUUCAACAGGCGCGCUGCCGUUUUUGUGUCAAGUCGGUCCUUGGAUGGCUCAUGCGACCAUUCACGUCUAACGGGCUGUUCUGCCGGGAUCACACUCUUGGGCCACUUGUCUGCGCUGCGCCCCCUGCAGACGCUGCUGCACCAGGCCGGAUUGAUGAGUUGUUGGCGCAUGAGGUCUCGUGCCCGAUGCGUGCCGCCUUUGAGCAGACUGAUGAGAGCUCCCUGCAGGCGCCGACGUGUUUCCGUGAGGGAGAUGCUCUUGCUGAGGUUUUGCGGAUGCACUCUAGCACAACGAAAGAAGACGGCGACUUGCAUCAUUUGGCGACGUUUUUUGACACUGACGAAUUGGCAGCCCUUGCGGCGAAGCCUGUGGUGCCGGCCUCUUUUAGUGAUGAGAUCCAGGCUGCAAACGCGCGUGUCUAUGAGGCUCUGGCUUCGUGCUCGUUCCUGAGGUGCCGCACUUGUAGAGAUGGCUCUAUCAGCCUAGUUGAGUGUUUUUGUCAGGAGUGUACUGCCUGGGCAGAGGGAGCUAGCGCCAGGUCCGACGGUUCGUCCUCUUUUGACUUGAGCAUAUCUGGCGCCUCUGACGACGCAGCCCACGGCGCUGCGCCUUUUGCUGGCUCUUCUGGGCGGGUCGGCCGUACCUUUGAGUCUGUUAGUGUUGCGUACCGGCACUCGCGACGGGUGCUCCAGAGACACACAAUUGAGCGGGUUGACGCACCACUGAAGAAGCCGACUAAGUCAUCUGCUGAGAUUGCCAGCCGUAGGAGGAAACGACACAAGGUUGACCUUGGCGACUCAGUUCGUGCACCGAAGGCGACCAUCCCUGAUGUGUACGGAGCCGCGGGCGACGGUGGCUUGGCUGGACUGCCCAGUGUGUUACCUGUUCAUAUUUCGUGGUCGCAGGCCCGGUGUUGCCUUUGUGUUUCGGUGCCUGUUGUUGUCGAUGGUGCCAAGCGGCGCAUCUCGAAGGAUGUCCGGCCUUCUGACUACGGUGAUAACGCACUAUCGGCCUUUCGUGCUGCUGUCGCUUUGAAGCAAGAAAUUCUUGAGGACCCUGCGUCAUUUGUUCGGUUCAAGAUCCGACGCAAGAAAAGCAGGCUGAUUGGCGCUCCAUGUGUUGAAGAAGGGCCGGCCAAGGUCGACGAAGAAGAUGAUCUUUUAGCUGAUUAGGCGCGUGUAAGUAGAACCAGUCAAGUGCGCUGCAAGCGAAAAAAGAAAAGUGUUAGUUUAUCGGAGAUCUCUACUUACGAGGACUUUGAAUCAGGCUAAGGACCCGCGACUCGUUUACAUGACUUCAUACUUUCGUGCUGGCUUUAAUGGAAACUGAUACUUAACGUUGAAAGACAGGCAACAACCAACCAUGAGUAGGCUUUUCGUAGUCCUUCUCGUCGUCUCUAAAAAUUGAUUUCGCAUCUCGUUCUCGCAACUUAAAAGUAACUUUCUACAACUAUGUAGCUAACUGAUUCCGCAUCUUGUUUUCGCAACUUCGUUCUUUUUUCUUUCUGUAGGUUGUUUGCUUUUUACCUGCUGUUCGUUUUAAUUAUAUGUCACGGCUUGCUUGAGUAGUUGUUAGCUUUAGCAUCCUAGAGUUCACUUGAGUUUUCUCCUCCUAUCUCAUUCUUGAGCUGUCUCUGUGUGUCUGUGAAAUGUUUGCUUUCUCUGCGCCCACCACUGCUGGUGCGUCGAACUCUUCGAAAAACUUGUAAUGUAAUGUAACAAGACCUGUCUAAACCACCUACUACUCCUUUCAUUCAUGAUCGUCCCUACCAUCAUCGCAGGAUUUUUUGUUUGAGACGCAAAGCAGCAGCAGAUUGAUGUUGAGCGAAGAAGGAUACUCAUUUGCAAUUUAUUAAUGUUAGGAACUUUUCUCUUCGAUAGACGUUUAGGCUUAGAUGAAUCUUUUCAUUUUUUUGCUUCCUAGAUAGGCGUGCUCCACCGAUAAUAUUAGGAACUUUUCUCUUUUAUAUCUUCCUCUGGUCUACUGUCUUUUUUCUAGUUAGGUCGGCUCCACCACAAAUAUUUGGACAACAGCUGACAGGACACG